GGUGAAGCAAAGAGCUUCACCUGCUCUGGGGAAGAGACCUAAAUUCAUGCUUGACUCUGCCACAAUUUGCUGUGUGACUUUGGGCAAAUUGUUUACCAUCUCUGGGUCUUGAAAAAGGGGAAGGUUGGUCUAGAUAAGCUAAAGUCUCUUCCAGUUUGAAAAGUCUGAAUCUGAAGACCCCUGCUGCCUCACUGCUCCCAGCCCUGUCAUGUGUUUGGUCACCAUCUAUAUAGCUUGUGUACCUAAGGGGGAAUUCUUGAACCCAUUUUACCAGGUCUUGUCUCCCUCUCCAUCUUAACUGAGUGGAAAAGGAGAGAGUUCGGGCUAGUGGAUAGAUGAAUGCUUUUGGUGCUAGUAGCCACAAGGGUUUCCACUGUACAUCCCGUUUUAGGCCCACUUGCCCAAAACUGGUUUCUUUCAAGGAAAAAAUAUUUCAGUAAACAUUCAGCAUAGGGGGACUUUGACCUUCUCUGCCCUCCAGGCAAGAGUGGCAAUAAUCCUUGGGCAGAAUUCGUUCAACAAAUAUUGAGCAUCUACUGUGUGCCAGGGACGAAUCGGAGGAAUAAGACCUGGUCACUGCCCUCAGCACAAAACCAGGUUCUAGGAAUUCCUCCUCAAGGAUGAGGGUCCCUGAAGCCUUAGGAGGGGACAAAUGAGGGAGGAUGGGGUGUUCUGAUGCCAGCACCCACACUUAGCUGAUCCUGAGAUUCCUCUAGAGAGAGUAUAGAGCAGAUCCUGACCAGCAUAGGGUGGAGCUCCACAACCCAGAAAGCCGCCAAAGCGGUACACCUGGGCUCCUUCUAGGACCCGACAGUGCUGCCCGUUGUGCUCCUUGUCCACCUGGCUGACAAAACACCUUAGGACAUUACCCAGUUCCCGAGAUUUCUGGCCAGAGGUGGCAGACUGCUCGGGGUAGCGGAGCAGAGGGUACCAGAUUCGUCCGGCUUUUGGGAAAAGCCGACGAGAAGGUAGCGUCAAAGGACCCACGUGCGGAACAGAGGGAGCCGACACACGCGUUCCAGGGAGCGUCCCUCGGUCGAGGAGCCUGGGUUGCGCCCCUUCAAUGCAGGGGUGUCUGGAGGUGCUUUAGUCUCUACAGUCCCCUACAUGGGCGUCCCCCGGCAGUUUUGAGCCUCUAAGGGCCCUAGAGGCGCUCUUCGACGCACCCGCAGCAAUCCAUCACCACGUCCAGGUGCAGACGAUCGCCUGCCUGAGCCAAGAGCCUAAAAGCGCGCAGCGCGGGCACGCAGAGCUCAACGACGGCCCCGCCCCUUCCGCCCUCUGGGGCGGGGCUAAGCGUGGCUUACCCCGGAAGUCCGGACCCAGGCGAAAAUCAAACCAGGCUGGUGCCACUCCUUCCCGUUACAGCACGUAGCAGCAGCGUCCUGGUCUCCCGCUCCCCAGUUUGGGUUUUUCACCCCUACUCUUACGAGGUCCUGAGUCCCCACCCCAUUUCCCACAUCCCAGUUUCAGCUGCAGUUUACUGCAGAACCUGAAGCCCGGAAAGGAACUUGUUUCCUGCCCCGGUUCGCCCCUCCCUGGACCUGUGGAGGGCUAGGUGAGGUUCGCGCCCGGCUUUCCAGCCUCGCCUCCCACACGCUCCUGCCCGCCCCCUCGGGGGCCCUCCGCCGCCCGACCAUGGCCCAGAAGCCGAAGGUAGACCCGCAUGUCGACCGGCUGGGAUAUCUGCAGGCGCUGGUCACGGAAUUCCAGGAGACGGAGAGCCAAGACGCCAAGGAGCAAGUACUGGCCAACCUCGCCAACUUUGCCUAUGACCCCAGUAACUACCAGUAUCUGCGGCAGCUGCAGGUCCUGGAUUUAUUCCUCGAUUCCCUGUCGGAGGAGAAUGAAACCCUGGUGGAGUUUGCUAUUGGAGGCCUCUGCAACCUGUGCUCAGACAGGGCCAACAAGGCGCACAUCCUGCAGACAGGGGGCAUCCCCCUCAUCAUCAACUGCCUGUCUAGCCCCAACGAGGAGACUGUGCUGUCCGCUGUCACCACGAUCAUGUACCUGAGCUCGCCGGGCUCCGGCUCCCACCCCGAGCUGACGGCCGUGCCCGUGGUCCAGUGCAUGCUGCGCUUCUCCCUCUCAGCCAACGCAAGGCUCCGAAACCUGGCCCACAUCUUCCUGGAAGACUUCUGUUCCCCAAGCCAGGUGGCUGAAGCCCGCAGCUGGGGGGCUCACUCUGCUCUGGGUAUCCCACUGCCAAGGACUGAGGCCCCACAGGAGCCCUGACCCAGGGAGAGCCCAGGCCACAGCACCCUGCCUGUUGGAGACCAGACUGAAAUCCUGGUGGGGACUCAGGAGGCAGGAACAGUUCUCACUGAGCACCUUCUCCCCAGAUGGUGCUUUUUUAACCAUUUUAAAGGUGAGUUUUCUCAGCACGACAGACAUUUACACUAUGAUGAAAGGCAUCAGAAGAUGAGUGGGCAACACGUGGAGAAGGAAAUCGAAGGUGGUGCCAUUUUCACAGGUGGCCACUCUCCACCAGCUGGAGGUGCAGGUCCUGCUUCCCGGGCCGCCCUGCCAUCAGGCUUUCAACCUUGUGUAAGAAGCAACUGGGUCCCUAGAACCAAAGGCUUUGUAAAAACUGUUUCUCCUGAGGAACAGCUGUGCCUGGGGCUUAGGAGAAUUGCCUGAGCUUGAGGACAUAGACAUUAACCACACCCUUAACUGAAGUGUGUGGAGCAAUUUUAAGAACUAGAAAUGAAAAACUUUGUGGUUAAAAGUAUUUCGGGGCUUGGGGAAUGUGUGCCUACUCCAGGGCUGUGGAGGCUGGGCUUUGGGCAUGGUGGAUGCUGGCCUGGAGAACUCUGUGGCCCAGGAGUAACUGUUUAUCCACACUGGCCUCUCAUCUAGACACGUUAGGGCUUCAAAGAGGAAGAUGUGGUCUCUGCUCUUGAAUGUUGUAGCUCAGUGACUGUUAACAUGGCCAUCAGGCCUUAAGACUGAGGCCAUGAGAGUGACGACACAUCAGAACACAGGCCCAAACCCUUGGAGCUGUGUCUUCCUUCACCACCCCGUGGCCCCUGCCUGGAAGCCCUGGCACGUCUUCUCUGCCGUCAGGAUUAGUAAGGGAUCCCUGUCCCUGGAAGUGCGCUCAGGCUCAGAGGAGCUUCAGGAAGCAAGUAAGGGAUGUUCAAGGCAGUCAGAGGACCAGAUACUGACAUGAAGCCUAUGGCUUAGAGUCCAGGGCAUGCUGGUCAGCACAGGGGAAGGGGUGUGGGCCCCCGUGGAAAGUUGGGAUUCAGAGCAGUGGAACGUCCUGGCCUCCCUUUGGCAUUCCCUUAAAGUUGACCUUUUACAUGGCCAAGGAAAGGCAUAUUCGAGAGGAAUGGUAUCCAGGUGGAUAUGGAGGUGCACAGAUUAUGGGACUAAUAGACUAAGGAGAUGUGAAAGGAAGAGGGAAAGGCCUCCUUAUCAGCCUGUAUUCCAGUUGCCCCCAUGGGGCUCCUAUCCCUUUACUUCCCCAAAUAAACAGCCUGAAGAGAGCAGUGAGCCAAAGCAUUUUAUUAAAAAGGUUCCUGAUUUCCCCACCAUGCUUCCAUGCCAGCUCUCUUGGGAGGUUCCAGGUGGCUGGCAUGGUGCUGGCGGGGGUCACUGCGAUGAUGCUGCCUGUCACUCGGUUCUGCCACGGUUCCUGCUGGCCUGCCUUCCCUUCCUUAAGCUACUGUCUGCUGCCAGGGUCCUCAGCUUACUCCUGUGGCAGCCUCAGGCCGGUUCAGUCGCGCUGCAUGGUUCGCCUCUUGCUGUCUAUAAUCUCCUUCCAGUUGUCACUCCAGGAGAACAGCCGUCUCCUUGUUGGGGGCAAGACCAGGUGCUGGUUGUGGCAGCAGGUGAACAAGAUGUGCUCCCAGCGUGGGGUCUCCUCUUGGCCUGGGACAGGACAUGGGAGGAAGGCAGGAAACAUACAGUCUGUAAUCUGGUUAUUUGUGCUCCCUCUCCCUAAUCCCAGCCGGCCAGAUGCCUGGAGGUUGCUAAGGAAAAUGGCUCCCACCUUGAAUGGUGUCAUUGUCAUCAAUGAGCAGGUCCCCUAAGACCACCGUCUUGUCUCUCGUCAAGAUAAUGCGCUCCACAAACUGGGGCCCCAGGUGCUUCUCCACCCAGCGGUACUGUGUAGUGGGCACAGGUCUGUCAGUUGAGCGUGAUGGGCCCCUGAAUUCAGGGCCAGUCAGCAAGUAGGUGUGAGGGAGGGUCUACAGCCCUUGAGAGAGAUUGCUCCCCCCACCCCCGUGUUUCUGCUGGUUUGUUUUACAAAUCAGGCUUUAGGAAGUGCCGAGGCAACCGCACCUUCUCGCCCACACAGUGGUCAUAUUUCAUCAGAGGACUGGUGCAGAUGAAGACUUGGGUGCUGCAGGGAAGGUGCAAAAGUUGGACAGGGUGGUGACAGCCCUUGCUCCCCACCACCCCUCCCUCCCCACCCUUCCUCACUCCUGCAUGUCAUUCAUCUCCCGCAUGGCUUCCAAGGCUCCAGGGAUGGGCUCCAAGUCUAGGAAAAAGCCUGGGGCUUCAUACACACUGGCCACUUUGUCCUGAAAGAUACAGUGUUCCUGUCCUGGCUCUGCUCCCGGCAGAUCUCUCCAGCCCCAGCGAGGACUCUCAAAAGUAAGGUUCCUGAGGGUCUUCGGCCCCCAAAUCAGAGCCUCAGGUAGAGGAGUUUGUGUAGGGGUAAGUACUCCCCCAGACUGUCUUGUCCUGAGGUGAACUGUGGAUUCCGAAGUGAAAGCUUUGUUAAUUUUAAACAGAGAGGUGCCUCUGGACACAGAGCAGAGACAGUCCUGAUCUGACCAAAGGGAGGGCUCCCCAAUCCCAGGUGCCCUAUGAGGUUGGGGCUCCCCGCUCCCAGGUGUCCUGUGGGGCUGGGGCUCCCCGCUCCCAGAUGUCCUGUGGGGCUGGGGCUCCCCGCUCCCAGGGUCGCUCUCCACCCCCGUUCACUCCCUACCGCCAGGUCUGGGCGCAGGGCUCGGUACUGCUCGCUGGCGAGGAAGCCGCGGCGCUCUUCCAGGGGCACAUGUGGCUCCCCGGGGAAUCUUCGGCGGAAGCCCCGCAGGAGGCCGGUCUCGAAGUCGGCCAGCACGCCGUCCAUAUCCACCAGCACCCGCACGGGCCGCGUGUGCCGCGCCGCCAUCGCCAUUGCCAUCGCCGCGAGGCAGGGGACCCGGCCGGAAGCGUGGAAGCGCCGGGAGCGGGAGCCGAAGCGGAGCUGAUCGCCUACCGCUGCUUCCGGAGACCCCUGGGUGGGCGGGGCCGACCAGGGCUAAUUUGCAUGGGCCCGGUGUGCCCCGCCCUGCGGAAGGGCGAGAGCUUCCCAGGUUCCCCAGGACUCCGCGUGGCGCCGGCCUGGGUCACUUUUCUGGUCUGAGGACGCGCCCGCGUGCACAUCGGCUGCCCCCCAACUCUGUAGCAGACGUCCCCGCUCACCCCACAGAUUGCUUGGGGGCAGACCUUACAGGGGCCUGACCCGGGACUGUGCUAAAUACUGAGAAGCGGCUUCUAACAAGGAGUCAAGACUUAUAAAACCGGUGGGGUUGGCUCCAUCUUUCUUAGAAUCCAUACCUGGCCCCCAUGCUUGUGGGGACCCCAAAAGCAGAGUUCCCACGGCGUCAAGGCAGCACCAACCCAAGACUUGAAUAUGGGGGCUCCCAGUAGCUGUUUGAAGUAAAUGAAUCUGUUGAAGACCAUUGGUUCGUGUGAGCCGAGCUCCUCAGAGAUGAGUUCAUAAACCAGAGUCUGCUUGAAACAUGGGAGCAUCUAGUUUAAUCAUCCAAUCUCACUUGGAAGAGACGAUUUUCCACCAGAACCCUGUGAGCUUCCUCCCAUCUUCCUGAGAGGACUUAAGACAUUACACAUGGACCCUUUCUUCGGAGCCUUUCUUUGACCGCCCACCAUUGAGAAGUACCUUGCAAGCAUGAGGGGACUCAAAAUUUUGAAUGUUAUCACCGAGCACAGAUGGAUUGACAGCACCAAAGGAGAAUGCAACUGAACAGGUAGAACAGUGAAACAAUCUCAAAAAAAGAUGACACAGGACACAGUGUUUCAAAAUGUGUACAUUGUUUACUUUAAGCAACAAUCCAGGAUUGUGAAAGUACAACACACAUUUUAAGGAUGAGACUUUCAUUUCAUGGUCUAGCACCAGCAUCAUGCACACAGCUUCAAGUUAUCUAAGAAGAGCACUGCCCCCGUGGGGUCCGUGCACCACGAAGACCCACUUCUGUGUGGUCCCCGCCCUUGCUUCACCACCUGGAAUCCAUCAAUUUGAGUGUACAUAGAAGCCUUCCUCUGCGUGGGAGCAGCGGGCUUUGCUCAGCCAGUCAGGUUAGUAUCUGGCUUAAAGGUUUCUUAAGGUUCAGAAAGGUAAGGUUUUUUUAUUUUGUUUUUUUUUUUUUUUGCUUUGCAGGCAGCAAGGCAUGAGGCGCAGGCCUCUAUCACUCCGUAUGGCACAGAAGAUGCUUUUAGCAAAGGGCACUGACAAGUCAGGGCAACGCCAAGUAAGUUCGGCAUGAAAACAACUUUGUUUGGGGGCCUGAAGGGACAGCGCCUGUGGACUGUCUACUGGCCUGUCCAGUGCAGGCUUGGUAAACCCAAGUAAAGCUGACAAGAAAAGGGUUUUAAAAACCUCAGUACAAAAGACCCUCUUAACACAUUUAGAACCAAAUGAUUUGUUCUUAAAAACACGGUACUAAGUGUCACAAAGCUUUUCCCUCCAAUCUACUACUAGAAAACACUCAUGCCAUGGCCUACAGACCCAGAGGAAUCAGGACAGACUGUGAACCUGUUCUUCCAAAACAAAAAUAAAAUUAAAAAAAAAAAAAAGACAGCAGUACAUAAAGUGCUUCUUUUUUAAUGAAACAAAUCCAAAAAGAUGUACAGUCA